UUUCAGCCUCUGAAGCGACAGAAAUCAGGACAAGUUCUGAGUAAUUUACAUGUUUUGGUGAUUUUGCAGAUUUAAAAAAAGGCAACAUACCAUGUUAGACCAAUAAAAGUCUUUCUAAUGAGUUAUUCCAGAGAUCUUAAUGGGUUUCUUACAGAAUCGGAUCAUAUUUUUGCAAAAUUUGUAGUUUUUAAAGCUUAUAGCAAUUGUUUACUUCCUGGUUCGGUAAAGGGGUCCUAAAAAGCCACGCCCACAGAAACAUCUGUCUCUCCCAGAUGCCGCCACCAGUUAAUCUAUAACACCGUUCGGCGAAAACCAAACCAAGUUCGGGUCUCUGGAUCUCCUCGGAACCAGAAACCAGAAUAUCGACAUGCAACCCACUGUGCAUCGCCUCAGAAUCGCCUCAUUUGGACCAGAACCUGUCACCAGAACCAGUGAGCUAAACCCGAAGAAUCCAUCUCUACUCUGGACCUGGUUCCGACCAGAACCUGGAUCACCAACAGUUGCUCCUCGAGAGGCUUUUAUUAUGAAAACCUCCCAGGAAGUUGGGUCUGCAGCCCUCGGAACUGUUCGGCCAAGUUCGGCUCCGUUCGGUUUAUUUUCAUCUCCGCCUCCAGCUGAGCGGAGCGACUAGAAGUUCGGACACCGAGGAACCCAGAGCUGCCGCGGAGCCGAACCGAACCAGGAACUGGACCUGGAACACAGCAACACCACGGCGGAACUAGGACCAGAGCGGUGAGCGGACCGGGACCGGAACGGAGUCGAAGACGGCAUCAUUCCUGUCCAGAAGUCAGGGAGGUUCGGGUCGGACAAGCGGUGGGUCGGGGCAGCAGAACCGUGUCCAAGUGGACCGCCGGCGGCUGCAGACAGCAACAUGUACCAAGUCCAGGAGAGCCGCCCCCUGCUGAGCCCCUCCAUCGAUGACUUCCUGGCAGAGAGCCGCAGCGAGGCCACCUCCGGACGACCCCCGACCUCCAACCCUGCAGUUCUGUCCACGGCUCUGGACCUGGUGGACCUGAGCGACCCGGCAGAGACCCGGCACCACCCGGUCACCAAGAGUCCAGUGAGGAGGACGACCGGGUCCAGAAGCCCCCGGCACAGAACCAAAACCGAGGAGACGGAGCUGGUCCCGGUCCAACUGGAGCGCCAGCCUGCCAGGCCCGGAACCCCCGACAGGACGUCCCUGGACUCAGUCAGCCUGUCCUCUCCUCUGGACAAGUGGGACGAGUUGGACCUGGACCUGGAGGACGGGGGACGGCGCAGACGCUGCCAGGCCAGAUGCACCUCCCACCACUCCUCCAGCGAGUUGCUAUGGUCUGCAGAGUUUAGGACAGAUCCUUUGAUGAAGAGCAGUUUGGACGAUCUGGACUUCAUAUCUCUGAACCAGGACAGCAGCGUGUCCAGACUCCGCAGACGGACUCGCUCUCUGCUGGCCAGGAAUGAGUCCCAGGAGGACGAGUUCGUCCGCGCAAAGGCAGCUGUAGAGUCGGACACUGAGUUCUGGGACAAGAUGCAGGCGGAGUGGGAGGAGCUUGCUCGCAGGAACUGGCUGGAGGAGUCGGAGAGCCAGCAGAAGCCGGCCCCACCCCCCGGCUCACCUGUAGAGAAGGGUUACUACUUCAGCGGCACCAACCCGUACCUUGACUGGCCCAAUGCCUUCGCUGAGGGUCAGGAUAAAGCUAGAGAGGGAGACCUGAACGCCGCCGUCCUGCUGCUGGAGGCCGCCAUCUUGCAGGACCCCAGUGAUGCUGAGGCGUGGCAGACCCUGGGAACAACUCAGGCUGAGAACGAGAACGAACAGGCCGCCAUCGCCUCGCUACAGAGGUGUCUGGAGCUCCGCCCCAACAACCUGCCGGCCCUCAUGGCGCUCGCCGCCAGCCUCACCAACAGCAGCCAGCUGCCGGAGGCCUGUGACGCUCUGCGCCGCUGGAUCGGCCAUAACCACAGAUACCGACACCUGGUCCAGAGCAGGAGUCCGCUACAGGGUUCCCCAGCCACACCACGCAGGGGCCCCGGCUGCUCCACAUCCACAAGCUCGGCGCUGCAGGAAGUUCUGCUGCUCUUCCAGGAAGCGGCGCAGCUGAACGUGGAUAACGUGGAUCCAGACCUGCAGACCGGACUCGGAGUUCUGUACAACCUGAGCUCAGAGUUUGAUCGGGCGGUGGAGGCGUUCAGCGCUGCGCUGUCCGUCAGACCGCAGGACUACCUGCUGUGGAACCGGCUGGGAGCGACGCUGGCUAACGGCAGCCGCAGCGCCGAGGCGGUGGAGGCGUACAGCCGCGCGCUGCAGCUGCGGCCCGGCUUCAUCCGCUCCCGAUACAACCUGGGCAUCAGCUGCAUCAACCUGGGCGCGCUCAGGGAGGCUGUCAGUAACUUCGUCACAGCUCUGACCCAGCAGAGGUGCAGCCAGCGCUGCAGCCAGCUGCAGAUGUCCACUAACAUCUGGGCCGCCCUGCGGAUCGCCGUCUCCAUGAUGGACGACCCCGGGCUGGACCGGGCCGCCAGCCUGGGGGACCUGGACCUGCUGACCAAAACCCUGGAGGGUGGAGACCUGUGACCGGGUCAAAGGUCACAAGAGGAGGAGGAGAAUGCUGCUGCACCUGAAGCACAACCCUUUAACCUGGAGAACCUUCUGCUGGAGCUCCGCCCCCUGACCUCUGACCCGUCAGCAGCUGCUGCUCCGAGCUAAACGGACUGUAGCGCAGACGCGGGAUCAGAACAUAGAAGAGUUUGUAUUAAUAGCAGCGGUGUUCAGUACUGAGGCCUGUAGGGGACAUGGGGUUUUUUCUUUUGCGUUCCCUGUUGGUUCUGAUCCGUUUAUCUUCAUGACUGAACACUGAGAGCCUUUCUCUUGUUUUCUGCUAUAAUCUGAGGUUUUCCAUAGAUGUUAAAAUCUCAAUGUGAAA